AUGCCUCGCCCCAAACCCACACCCCGACGGUGCGGCGGUCCCCCGCCCCCCCCCCCGCCAUCGCCCCGGCCGCGGGCACGUAGGCGCCGCCCAGGUCAGCGGGCAUUGCAGGAGAUCCGCAGGUACCAGAGCAGCACCCACCUGGUGCUGUGCCCCGGCCCCUUCGCCCGCCUGGUGCAGGAGCUCUGCCUGCUCUUCACCUGCGGGGUGGAUUACAGCUGGCAGCGCAUGGCCCUGCUGGCACUGCAGGAGGGAGGGGUACUCCAGGACUCACCAGAGGGCAUAAGCCCCCAGGAAGGGCAGGUAGAAGCAGCGGUACUCAAGGACAAUGGUGACAGUGAUGGCAAUGGCAUUGCAUAA